AUGGCGUGGUGGGACAGUUCCGCGGCCGGCUACGUCGAGAAUCUCAUGCCAAUCUACACACAAGAGAUCUGCGAAUUCAGAGAAGAACUCACAUGGCAGAUUGAUAUCCUGACCAACCACCCGGGCCAUCGGAAAUUAGUGAGCGAGAAACUCAUUCGCACUGCUCGAGCCAUGCGCAAGAUCAAUGGACUGGCGCUUGAUAUCUCAGUGUAUCUCCCGGGCCAUGAAUUCGUCACCGCUGCACGCCCUGGAUACUACCAAACAACCUUUCCCCGAGUUUGUGAUUUUAUCGAGAAUAUUUUGAUUGAGCUUAGUAGGGCCCUGGUGGAUUACACGCAGAGUGAGGAGUCUGUGGCCUCUCAGCUUCAACAUUUGUUGAACACUAUGUAG